UCAACGCCAUCAACGCCAUCAACGCCAUCAACGCCAUCAACGCCAUCAACGCCAACGCCAACCGCCUCAGCAAACAUAACCAGCCAUGCAACACUUACUCCACCAACACGGGUUGCGGAUGUUUAUAGCGCCCUGCGCAUUCCCACACCACCCAGGACAAUACCCUUAGAAUUCCAGCAGCAGCAACAAUCCUCACCGGGACAAUUGUCAGCAGCAUCGACUACGCUCGCAUCACCCGAUCGAUCAAGAUGGGAAGCCUGGAAGGAACUUCUUCGAGACCUUUAUUGCUGCGGGUUCAUUUUCAAGGAAGCCAAGGUCUGGAUGAUUGAGAUCUCGGUCCGGGAAGGAGUUCUGGAUGAGUAUGCGGUUCCUGUACCGAGUCCUGCGUACUGCGACUACCGUUUACCGGGAUACGAGGAUAUCAUGGCUGGAAACGGUGUUGCUCGUGCGGCGACUUCUUUAUCAGGGCCGUCCGCAGGAGCGACUGUCACCACCGCAGGAACAGAGUCGACCCAGCCCCGAUACAUGGGUUUACCCCCUGCAUAUGAGAGUGAUUCCGAGGAUGACUCGGAUAGGGGGGCGGACGAGGAGGACGAGGAGGAAGGGGAGGAUGACAAUGAUAGUGACAGUGACAGCGACGGCCAUCGAGGGAGUCGUGAAAAUGGGGUAUCUUCAGGAAGUACCGAGCCGAGAACGACGACACCAAUGGAGAUGACAGCAGUGGUAACGGUUUCUUCGCCUGUUGGUCCGCGCGUGGGUACGCGGACAGGAGUGGCGGAGAGCAUUACUGAGCAAGAGGAGGACGGCGAUCCUUCUGCAGGGUCAGUUGGAGGCAUUCUGCCGAAUGCUUUUGGGGGUAAGGGCGAGGGAACAACGUCGUCGUCUCCGAGCAAGGAGCAAUGAGCUGGAGUCACGGAUUUCUCUGGACAAAUGGCCCCAUUUGUUGGUGCUGUGCAGGAAUCCAUCCCCCGUGUA